AUGGCAGAAUCCGUACGCAACACCCUGGCCGUGAUGAAAGAGCACGGCGUGAAGAGAAAGGUUGUCUUAGGAACGAAUGGAGUUGGGAGUAGCCGGGCGAAUGGCGGCUGGUUUUUUAAAUCGAUCGUCGAUCGUUCGAAUCUGAAGAUUACGUUCGAUGAUCAUUAUGAGGUGCAGAAGCUAUUGGAAGCAGAGGCCGGAAUAGACGUGGACUUCAAAUGGGUUGAUGUAAGGGCGACGGGAUUGGACAAUGGGGAGAAGAAGGAGGUGAAGGAAUUUGGGAAUGAGGGAAAAGGAGUGGGGUGGUUUAUUAUUAGCAGGAAGAGCGUUGCUGGAUUUCUGCUUGAUGCUGUAGAGGGAAGCCAGUGGGAUCGCCAGACUCCUGUUAAUCUCGAACUAGAAGUGCUGCACAAAGGCAGCUGUCACUGCAAGAAAGUGAACCUCGAAGUCCUCCACUCGCCAGACAUCGAGCUCAGCGAGUGCAAUUGCAGCAUCUGCUCCAUGAAAGGCUUCCUGGGCUUCGUCGUCGAGAAGUCUGCGCUGAAAUCGCUCCGAGGCGAAGAGAAUCUAGAGGUUUACAAGUUCGGAACAGGAACUGCACAGCACAUGUUCUGUAAAUGUUGUGGCAUCUCGCCGUUGACCGUACCGAGGAGCUAUCCAGAAGGUUAUAAUAUCAAUUACAGGUGCCUUGCAAGGGACAACGUGAGGAGCGUCAACGUGACGCCGAGGGAUGGGCAGAAUUGGGAGCAGGAAAUGGCGAAAGAGAUUGUUGGAAAGCACUGA